AUGGCCGUCGCCAUCCGUCAAGCGUUUGCCCGCUGCCAGCGGCUGGGCAAGCCCGCCUUUGUCGGGUUUCUGACCGCUGGCUUUCCGACGUUGGACACCACCAUCCCGGCUCUUGUGGCUCUUCAGGAGGGCGGUGCCGACAUCAUCGAGCUGGGUUUGCCCUUCUCCGACCCUUUGGCCGAUGGCGGGGCUAUCCAAAAGGCCAAUACCCAAGCCUUGGCCAACGGCAUGACCGUACCCAAACUGGUGCAACUCAUUGCCGACGCGCGCAAGGCGGGUGUGACUGUGCCCAUUGUUAUCAUGGGCUACUUCAACCCGAUGAUGGCCUACGGCUUCGAGCGCUUUGCCAAGGACGUAGCUGAGGCUGGUGGCAACGGCUUUAUCAUUGUAGAUCUGCCGCCCGAGCAAGCAAGCAGUGCCUUAGAGGCCAUCAAUCGCCACGAUCUUGGCUUUGUGCCGCUGGUGACACCCACCACGACGGAUGAACGCAUGGCCAAACUUGCCUCCAUUGGCAACUGCUUCAUUUACUGUGUGAGCGUUACUGGCGUAACUGGUGCGCGCACCAAUUUGGCUGAAGACUUGCCCGACUUUAUUGCCCGUGUGCGCAAGCAUACUCAAUUGCCUCUGGCCGUGGGCUUUGGCAUUAGCAAGCGUGAGCACGUGGUCACGGUCGGGCAAAAUGCUGAUGGCGCUGUUGUGGGGUCGGCGAUCAUCGCCGCCGUGGAUAGCCUUGGUCCUGAGGCUUCACCGGCGGAUCGGGCACAACAAGUUCAAGCUCUCAUCCAAGACUUGACGCAGGGCAAGACCCAUGCCGAGGGUGAAGACGAGGCGAUGGACAAGAUUGUGGUUGAUGGCUUCAGCUAUGGUGCUUUUGGGGGGCGCUACAUCCCCGAGACCCUGGUUGAAGCCCACGAGCAGCUCUGGGAGGCCUGGCAGGAGGCUUGGAAGGACCCAGCUUUCCACGAGGAACUGGCGCACCUUCGCUCGAAAUAUGUUGGUGGACCCACACCCCUUUGGAAGUGUGAGCGGCUCAGCCAAGCCUGCGGCGGGGGUGAAAUUUGGCUCAAGCGUGAAGAUUUGGCGCACACCGGUGCGCAUAAGAUUAAUAACGCGUUGGGCCAGGUGCUGCUCGCCAAGCGUCUCAAUAAGGAGCGAUUGAUCGCCGAGACUGGUGCCGGUCAACAUGGAGUGGCCAUGGCGACGGCCUGCGCCCUUAUGGGCAUCAAGUGUGUCGUGUACAUGGGUGAAGAAGACACGCAACGCCAGUCACUCAACGUCUUUCGAAUGAAGAUGCUCGGGGCCGAGGUCGUGGCUGUCAAGUCUGGGUCGCGCACGCUCAAGGAUGCUAUCAACGAGGCCAUGCGUGAUUGGGUGACCAACGUGCGCACCACCCAUUACUGCCUCGGAUCGGCUGUGGGCCCACAUCCUUUUCCCUUGAUUGUACGCGACCUGCAAUGCGUCAUUGGUCGCGAAGCGCGCACGGAGUUUUUGGAGACCACAGGUUCUCUGCCCGAUGCGGUCAUUGCUUGCGUUGGGGGUGGUUCCAACGCCAUCGGCAUGUUCCAUCCCUUUGUCGGGGACGAAGGUGUGCGCUUGAUCGGCGUGGAGGCUGGUGGUGAGCACGGCGUGGAAGGGGGCAAGCACUCGGCCUCCCUGGUCGCGGGCAAGCCCGGUGUGCUGCACGGCACGUUGACCUACCUCUUGCAGGACACGGAUGGACAAAUCACGGAGACGCAUAGCAUCUCGGCCGGUCUCGACUACCCGGGUGUGGGCCCAGAGCACUCCUUCCUCAAGGAUAGUGGCCGAGCCGAGUAUGUGGCCAUUACGGACAGCGAGGCCUUGGAUGCCUUCAAGCAGUUGUCGCAGCUGGAGGGUAUCAUCCCAGCUCUCGAGUCGAGCCACGCCGUGGCCUAUGGCAUGAAGUUGGCCAAGACGAUGAAGCCUGGGCAGCGCGUGCUGGUCAACCUUUCGGGCCGUGGCGAUAAGGACAUGAUGACUGUGGCCAAGGUCAUGGGAGUGCAGCUGGAUUGA